AUGCUCCGCUUUGUGAGAAAUCUGGAUCUGGCGGAAGAAUAUAAUUAUGAUGGUGACUACGAAGAAGGCUAUAGAGAGGCCGAGGAAGAACCUGAGCCAGAGCCAGAGCCAGAAGAGGAGGAAGAUGUGGAACCUGAACCUGAGCCAGAGGAAGCACCUGAGAACAAUGAGGUGGUUGAACCGGAAAAGGAAGCUGACGACGACGAUGACUAUGGAGUGGAAGAACAGGCGGUGAGUCAUGAGACAAAUGCCGAGGAUCCGAAUGCAGUAGGAGAUGGUGGCGGUGGCGGUGGUGGACUCGGGAGUCUAGUGAAA